AUGUUUAAGUAUUUUAUAUUACUGUAUAAUUAUUUAUUAUUUAUAUUUUUCAAUCAUUUUCGUAUAAUUUUUGUAAUUCAUCAUCAUUUUGCCUAUUCCAUCUCAUACAACCACAAAUUAGUAAAUAAGGUUGAGAUUCUAAACAAAAGAAGCAAAAUUAGGAAUAAAAAUAACUCUUUGUAUCAAUAUUUAUUCAUUAAUAAUAACAACAUUAACAAUUUUGUUAAAAAGGAACAAAUUCGAGCCGAUUCUGAAUCCCGGCACACCUCAAAAUCCACUUUUGAUUUUAAAGAUAAUGAUUUAAAUGAAAAAAUUAAACAAAGAAUAGAAUCUGAGUCAUCAAAUUUGUUAAAUGAUAAUUUAAAUAAAAAUGAUUUUAUACAGGAAUUAGCCAGAGUUGGAAAGUCAAUUUACCAUAAUAUACCAACACCCACUCUGUUUAAAUCCGUACCUAAUGGAAUAAACCUCUUAAAAUCAUUUAAUUCAAAUGAUUUUAAUUCUCUGGGAUGCAAUGGAAGAGAUUAUUUUCUGGUAAAAUCGCCUGCCCCUGUAGAUUAUAAACUUCUGGAUGAUUGUUCUUCUUCAAUAUACAUAUCGACAUAUCUAGAUGAGGAUAAAAGAAUAUAUAUAGAUGGCAUUUCUGAUAGUUUAGUAUUUAAAGGUAUCAUAUCAUUACUUGUAUCAAUAAUUGGUUGGACAAACUAUCUACAACUGGAUGUUGAGCUCGUUAAGAAACAUAAAUUCUUUAAGAAAAUCAUUGAUUAUGGAAUAAUUAGUGAAAACUCACUUAACUCUAUUCUAAAUCACAUUAAAAAUGAGCUGAACAAACAACUCAAUCCCACUAAAGGAUUUAAAAGGGCGUCAAUGUUCCAAUCGCCAAGAUCUAAAAAGAGGGUUGCGGUGCUUGUUAGUGGAGGAGUUGAUUCAUCCUUGGCCUUAUGGCUUAUGAAGAGUAGAGCGUUUGAUGUACACGCAUUCUACUUAAAAGUAAAUGAUUUAUCAAAUGGGCCAGGAUUAUGUGCAUCGAAUGAUAUAUCAUAUGCAAUGCAAGUUUGUAAUAUAUUAGGAGUAACGCUCCAUGUACUACCAUUCUCAAAGGCUUAUUCUGAACAUAUAUUAUCUGGUGUACUGGACGAUUACAGGAAAGGAGAAGUGCCAAAUCCGGACGUUUUAUGUAAUAGCAGAAUUAAAUUUGGUGAAUUUUUGAGAAUGGCAAUUGAUUGGGGAUUUGAUUACGUAGCAUCAGGACAUUACGCAACACUGUGCGAUGAUUUUUUCACAAAAGAACAGAUUAAAUCGCCCAGUUCUCUAAAUGGGUCCACAUCAAUUAAUGGAUACUAUAAAAUUAAAAGAUUGUGCUUAUCUAAUGAUACGUUAAAGGACCAGACCUACUUUCUGAGUAGAUUAACCCAGAAUCAAAUGUCAAAGUUAAUAUUUCCAAUAGGUCAUCUUACAAAGAGCCAGGUGAGAGAAUUUGCUAAAACAGUUGGACUUCCAACAUUUGAUAAGAAGGACUCUUUUGGACUAUGCUUUUUGGAGGACUUGGAUAUAUCACAAUAUUUGACGAAAUCACUUGGGGAAAGUCAAGGUCCAAUUGUUGAAUAUGAAACUAAUAAAGUCAUUGGCACUCAUAAUGGUUUAUAUAACUUUACAAUUGGACAGAAGAAGACUAUAAACAGCUUUUUAAACCCUAAACAUGUUGGAAGUACACCAAAAUAUGUUGUAAAGAAGGAUAUUGCCACAAACACACUGUACGUAAGCUCAAAUUACAAUGAUGAUUUUUACACCAAUCCGAAAGGAAUCAGAUCAAGUUUUAAAGUUAAAGACAUGUUCUGGAAUGUACCAGACUAUAAAGAAUUGAUAAAUAAAAUACAAUCUGAGGGAUCAGAUGAUAAUUUUAAAUUUAAGGUUAAGUUAAGACACACACCUAAUUAUAGCCAGUGUGCAAUUAAUUUUGAUGGUGAUGAAGCCACUGUAUUUUUAAAACACCCAGAUACUGGUAUUUCUACAGGCCAAUAUUGUGUAUUUUAUGCUGAUAACUAUUGCAUCGGAUCAGCGAAAAUGGUCACUAAUAAUAUAUGAGUUAGCAGCAGCAACAAUUUUCCCAUUGACAAUUCUAAAUGCAGCAUUAAAAUGAUCCAGCUUGGUUUAAAAUUUUAUAAUGUAAUUUAUUUAUUUUAAUGUUA